AUGGUUUGGAAGGAUGAUUUCGUUCAGUGGAAUGACACAAUAGGACCACCAUCAAUGAGGAUUCCAGCUGGGAUGAUAUGGACACCCGAAGUUGUUAUCAUCAACUCCUUGGAUGACAUGGAACCUCUUGGAUCCAGUGACUCGAGGCUCCUGGUGACAUAUAAUGGCUAUGUGUACUGGGCAGUUGGCAUAUCGACAUCAGUAACGUGUAACGUUGACGUCACUUCAUUUCCUUUUGACUCUCAAACUUGUCACUUGGCAUUUCUCAACUGGGGAUUGAUGGAGAGUGGUGCAGAGCUAACAAAUAGAAUAAGUGAAAUUGAUUUUAGUUUUUUCAAAAAGAAAGGAAGUAGUGAAUGGAAGAUCUUAGGUAGUUCGGUAGUCGCAACCAUGCAUCCGACUGCUUCUAACAGGACUGAGCCGAUGGUGUUUGCCUACAUUCGUCUAGAAAGACGGUACAUGUUUCAUGUUGUCACGAGCAUCCUGCCUGUGGUUUGUCUUUCUAUCCUGAACCUUGUGGUGUUCCGGACGCCACCAGAAUGUGGUGAGAAGAUGUCAAUGUCACUUUCCAUCUUGCUUUCCUAUGGGAUUUAUGCUACCAUUGCCUCCACGACACUCCCGUCCAACUCGGAAUCCCCUUGUCUCUUCAGCAUCUAUUUAGCCAUCCUCAUCAGCAUCAGUUCUGUCAGCGUCAUCGCAACUCACGUUGUAGUCGUCCUGCAUCACAAAGUCGGGUCAUGUGAGUGGAAGAAACCAGUUGGUUUGGAGAAGAGAACGGGGUCAAACGAGACCCUUCUACGUGAAGCCCUUCUAAAUGGAUAUGACGUCAACAUCAGACCAGUUCGAAACAGCCUGUCGAAAACAACUGUUCACAUUUUCGUUGGUCUUGCGCACAUUGGGCAACUUGAUGAGAAGGCCCAAACACUGACUGUUAUCGGAUAUGUCAACAUGAUUUGGAAGGAUGAUUUUGUUCAGUGGAAUGACACAAUAGGACCACCAUCAAUGAGGAUUCCAGCUGGGAUGAUAUGGACACCCGAAGUUGUUAUCAUCAACUCCUUGGAUGGCAUGGAACCUCUUGGAUCCAGUGACUCGAGGCUCAUGGUGACAUAUAAUGGCUAUGUGUCCUGGACAGUUGGCAUAUCGAAGUCAGUAAGGUGUAACGUUGACGUCACUUCAUUUCCUUUUGACUCUCAAACUUGUCACUUGGCAUUUCUCAACUGGGGGUUCGUCGAGAGUGGUGCAGAACUAAUAAAUACAACAAAUGAAAUUGAUUUUAAAUUUUUCAAAAAGAAAGGAAGUAGUGAAUGGAAGAUCUUAGGUAGUUCGGUAGUCGCAACCAUGCACCCAACUGCUGUAAAUAGGACGGAGCCGAUGGUGUUUGCCUACAUUCGUCUAGAAAGACGGUACAUGUUUCAUGUUGUCACGAGCAUCCUGCCUGUGGUUUGUCUUUCUAUCCUGAACCUUGUGGUGUUCCGGACGCCACCAGAAUGUGGUGAGAAGAUGUCAAUGUCAGUUUCCAUCUUGCUUUCCUAUGGGAUUUAUGCUACCAUUGCCUCCACGACACUCCCGUCCAACUCGGAAUUCCCUUGUCUCUUCAGCAUCUAUUUAGCCAUCCUCAUCAGCAUCAGCUCUACCAGCGUCAUCGCAACUCACAUUGUAGUCGUCAUGCAUCACAAAGUCGGAUCAUGUGAGUGGAAGGUAUUCAGGCAAUGGUCGUCUUGCUCUACGAAGUCAACCAACACCAUUGAGGCUUACUGUGAUGAGAGCGAACAACCAAAACGUGAGACGUCCCUACUGUGGAAGGACGUGGCAAUAAUUCUAGACCGAAUUUUCUUCUCAGUGUUUCUUCUGGUUACACUCCUGGUGACAAUGGCCGUAUUCAUCAUGAUGGCAAAAUAUCGUUAA